AAGAACUAGUAAUCGAUUUAUAACUGUGAGGGAAGAAUUUAGCUUUUGAGCUCGCUUUUGAAGUAAGAGAGGUUUAAGACCACUCAACUCCGUACCCCUACUGAGUACCACCAAAGAAAAAGGAAAUCAGAAAGAAGGGGACGUGCACCAACCCUUCUUUGUGGGUGACCACACCAUCCACUGGUCAAGCAAGAAUGCUACAAAACCUUGCGAUUACGGAAGACGAAAUAACCUAGAUUCCGUCUAUCAAUGGACAGUAGCUGGGGCUCUCGAGCCCAUUAAGAGAUGCCCCCUUUCACAGAAGGAUAUAUAGCAUGAUAUGGAGAACAUACACGUAGGGACGAGUUGGAUGACCUGGCAUUCCAUAAAUAAUCAGUACCGAGUUAGAUGGGAAUCUGACUUUCCAUGCCAUAAACAUUUGUCAUCCCUGUUUCCUCACGUUGCUCUUCUUUCUCUCCACAUAAAGUUGGCCUCUUCUUCUUCUGCUUCUCCUCCAUCGACCACCGAGCAUCGAUCCUAAAGCCAGUGGCGUCGCCUCAAGAACAGAGGAGGAAAGAACUAUGGAGCAUCGUUCACGCCCUCUAAACCUUUGCCAUGUCAACCCAAAAUCAAUCAUUAUCAACCGCGCGCACAUGCUCAUCCAUGGGACCGCUCUACUUAUCCUUAUACGCUACAGAGCUUCUUUCUUCUUCACUGAAGAAGCUAGCUCACCAAACCAGCCCACCACUUUGGCUUGGCUCAUUAUUUUCCUGGGCGAGCUGACGCUGUCCCUCACGUGGUUGCUCCACCAAGCCUUCCGAUGGCGACCCGUGUCGCGGACCGCCUUUCCCGAGAGGUUGCCCGGCGACGGGGAGCUCCCAUCGAUAGACGUGUUGGUGUGCACGGCUGACCCCGACAAGGAGCCCACCGUGGAGGUGAUGAACACGGUGAUAUCGGCGAUGGCGCUUGACUAUCCACCGGAGAAGCUCCACGUGUACAUCUCGGACGACGGCGGCUCGCCGCUCACGCUGCACGGGAUGAGGGAGGCGUACGAUUUCGCGAGACGGUGGCUGCCGUUUUGCAAGAGGUAUGGAAUAAAGACGAGGUGUCCCAAGGCUUAUUUCAUGAAUGAAGAGGAUGUGAGCACUGGCGUAGGGUAUGACUCCGAGAAGCAGGAGGUCAAGGAGAAGUAUGAAUUGUUCGAGGCGCAUAUAAAUGGAUACAGACUCAGGCACCAUGGUGAAUCAAGGGAUGGGAGGCUAGAUCAUCCGUCUAUCAUUGAGGUGAUGCAUGGAAAUUCCGCUGACGAAGUUGUUCAAGCUGACCAACAACAAAUGCCUCUGCUUGUUUACGUCUCCAGGGAAAAAAGGCCUUCUCACCCUCAUAACUUCAAAGCUGGAGCUCUCAAUGUUCUGCUUCGCGUGUCGGGGGUGAUAAGCAACUCGCCAUACAUAUUAGUGCUGGACUGUGACAUGUACUGCAACGACCCGUCCUCGGCAAGGCGGGCAAUGUGCUUCCACUUGGACCCGAAAAUGUCUCCGUCACUUUCGUUCGUUCAAUUUCCUCAAAUGUUCCAUAAUAUCAGCAAGAACGACAUCUACGACAGUAAAAUCAGAUUGCCAUUUGGGACAUUAUGGUAUGGAAUGGACGGGUUAGAAGGACCUUUAUUAUCUGGUACUGGCUUUUAUGUUAAGAGAGAGUCCUUGUAUAGCAAACCCAUGCAAGAAGGUACUUCAACUAAUCUCAUGGAUUUAAAAGAAACCUUUGGCCAUUCGAAUGAGUUUAUCAAACAUCUUCAGCGGAGCGACAAGCUUAACAAGAACACUCUCAGCGACCCGGGAGCGGUCUACAGAGAAGCCAAACUUUUAGCUUCUUGUCGUUAUGAAAAUGGAACGAAAUGGGGUCAAGAGAUCGGUUUCAUGUAUGGAUCUGUGGCUGAAGACUUCUUCACCAGCUUAACCUUACACUGCAAGGGAUGGAAAUCGGCGUACUGUUGCCCAUCGCGGCCGCAAUUUUUGGGGGCGUCCACGACGAAUUUGAAUGACCUUAUGGUUCAAGUCACGAGAUGGAGUUCCGGGUUGGCUGAGGUCGCGUUCUCCAGAUUUUCUCCUCUGAUAUAUGGACCAUGGAGGAUGAGCAUUCUACAGAGCAUGUGUUAUGCUGAGAUGGCAUUUUUCCCACUCUACUGCUUGCCUCUCUGCUGCUUUGCCACCAUUCCGCAGAUAUGCCUAUUCAAUGGCAUCCCCAUUUUCCCAGAGGUUUCGAGCUCACUAUUCCUCGUGUAUUCCUUCGUUUUCCUAUCUUCACUUUCCAAGCAUCUCUAUGAAGUCGUCCAAUGCGGUCACUCGGUUCGGACGUUCAUAAACGAGCAACGGAUAUGGAUAAUCCACUCGGUAACCAGUUACUUAUACGGAAGCAUAAAUGCAAUUCUGACGAAAACUGGUGUGAGGAGAGCGAGCUUCUUGCCUACUAAUAAGGUCGCCGAUGACGAGCAAACGGAGAAGUACGAAAAGGGUGUGUUCGAUUUCCGAACGUCGAUCGUGUUUUUGGCCCCGAUGGUGGCUCUAGUGAUGUUGAACAUGGUUUCCGUCGUUGUCGGAAUCACUAGGGUGCUUGUUUUGGGAGGUUGGGACAAAUUGUUUGCGCAGAUUGCUCUGUCGUUCUUCAUCUUAGUGAUGGGCCACCCUGUGACCGAAGGGAUGGUAAGGACGGAUGAAGGACGCAUUCCAUUGUCAGCCGUUUCUCGUUCAGCUCUACUUUCCUUGGCAUUGCUGUUGUUGGGUUCAGCUCUUCUUAUGUACUGAGUGAUUUAUGGAUGACACGCAAGUCACUCUUGGUAUUAGGGCUCACAAUUCGUAUGGACAUGCAUGUCCUAAUUACGAUAAUAAUUCAAAUUUGUGUAGACCUAACAAUAAAUUGAUUUUGAUUUUAUAUGCCGAAUAAUUGAGGUACGAUGAGAACAUGUUGAUUCAUGUGAAUUAGUGUUAACAUAUAAAGUUAGGCGUGUCGAGUCGUGUCAUAUUCGAGUUUUCGUUUUGUACUUUAUUUUUACCUUGGGACACGUUUUUAUUGUGCAAAUGAGUCAUGUCCAACGUUAUCAGCUCCGGUUGUUCUAUUAUGGAUUAAUUUAAUGCCACAAAUUUGUCUAG